UUAAUAAUCAUAAAAAAUGGUUUAUUUAUAGUGACAUCAAUAUUUUCAGUAAUUGUAUUUCGAAUGCAAAUAUAGUCUUGAAAUCUCUUGCAAACAAACUUAAUUCUUCAAGGGUAGUAGCUCGUAUAAGAGACAUAGAGAUACAGAAAUGCGAUGGUGAAUUAGAUAUACUAAGAACUAUUUAUUGGAGCCUUAAAACAUUUCCCAAGACAAAGCCAAAAAUCAUUUAUGUAACUGCAUGUCGCGAUGGUUGUAUCCAUACAAAAGAAUCUAUCUACGAAGAAACUGACACAACUGAUGUAGAGAAUUAUCAAGUUUUUUUCGAUGCUGCACAAAGAGGCUACGUUCAACAAAAAGAUGGUUCUGAUUUUAUUGAAAAAUUUGGUCAAAUUUUAGAUUUACCAUUUAAUGAAUGGCCAGUGGAGAGGUUAAAUCAACAUAUGAUAAAAGCACUGCAGCAUAAAAUAGGCUGCGUAUUCAUGACAAGUCCAUCUUUAGCAAUUACGUUUAAUAAUAUUUUAUUUAAAAAUAAAGAUAUGAGAGAAGCUAGCGUAUACGAUAUUCAAAGACUCAAUUAUUCAUUUACUACCAAAUAUAUAUCUCAUUUAGUUAUAAUGAAUGGUACCACAAACAACAUAAAAUGUGUUAUGGAUUUCGUUAAAACAUAUGGUUUUAAAUAUUUGAAAUAUUUAUAUAUGACAGUGAUGUCACAUGGAAACAAGGGCGGUAUUAUUUACACCGAGACUGAUGUCUAUAAUAUUGAAGAUGUGAUCUUUAAGGCUUUAAGAGAGAAUAUAACUUUAAGAAAUUUACUUUUAAUAAAUUUAAUAAAUAUUUGCCGAGGUGUUAUUGAUCCACGCUUUGAGGACAGAGAUUUAGUAUAUGAAGAAAUUGACAAUGAUGAUUUAGAUGAAAAUUUUAUAAGCUUUUAUAGUGCACAAGAAGGUUACGUGUCUUACCUUAAAGAAUAUGGUGCAGCUUUCAUUAUGGCAUUUUGUGACAAUUUUAAUACAAUUACCACAGAAAGAUCAAUGCUGGCAAUAGCUCAAAGUGUAGAAAAUACACUGCAAAAUAAAAUGCAAUUCUCUCCUAAAGUAACUGAAUAUCGCGCUAAGCCAGGUGUAACUCAUAUUAUAAAAAUGGAAUUGGCUAACUCAAGCCUAUACACAGAACUUUAUGGAGAAAUUUAUGAUAUAGUACAAAAUCGUUUAUUUGCUAUGGAUAAUACAGUCUGUCAAAAUGUCACAGCUUGUAUUUAAU